AUGUCUUUCACAGCAAGCGACAAGCUUGUCCAGGAGAUGAUCCCAGUCUUCGAAAAGGAAUUCGGCGUCAAGCCACAAUUCGCAGGCCGUGCUCCAGGCCGUGUUAACCUCAUUGGUGAGCACAUUGACUACUGCGGCUUCUCUGUUUUCCCAAUGGCUCUUGAGGGAAAGUUCACAACAGCUCUUCUUGCUUCCAACGAGAGUGGACUCCUCCGUAUCCGCAACCUUGAUUCCCAUCUCAAGGGUUCCGAUGUCAAGAUCGCCGAAAAGAAGCUCCUUGGCGAGGGUUGGGUUCAGUACGUUGAAUCAGCCGUCAAGACAUUCCUUGAGACAUUCAACCAGCACGUCAAUGGCCUUGAUGUCCUCAUCAGCGGCAACGUUCCACUUGCUUCUGGUCUUUCCUCAUCUGCAGCUCUUCUUUGCGCUGUUGCUAUGGGCCUUGACCUCCUUACAGGCGGUGGUGCUGACAAGGGCAAGCUGGUCGAGAAGUGCGUUGAAGCCGAGCACCGUGUUGGUGUCAUGUGCGGUGGUAUGGACCAGGCUAUCUCCAUCCUCGGUGAGAAGGACCAUGCUUGCGUCAUCUCAUUCGUUCCAAAGAUCACAGCCAAGCCAGUCAAGCUCCCACCAGCUCACUUCGUUGUUGCCCACACAGGUGUUGCCGCUGCUAAGCUUGCUACAGCUGAUGACUGCUACAACCGCCGUGUUGAAGAAGUUCGCCGCGCUGCUGAGCUCAUGAUGCCAGGCGCUAAGACAAUCGGCGAAGUUGUUGCCAAGCUUGGUUGGGAAGGUGCUAUGGAAGCUGCCAAGAAGCUCCCAGAACGCGAAGGCAAACUCGUUCUCCGCGAUCGCGCUGUUCAUGUUGUUGGCGAAGCUCACCGUGUUAUUAAGAUGGACGGUGCUUCCCUCCAGCAGUGGGGCGAGCUCAUGAAGGAAUCCCAUGCUUCCUGCCGCGACCUCUACAAGUGCUCCUGCGAAGCUCUCGAUGCUCUUGUCGAGACUGGUCUUAAGAAUGGCGCUCUUGGUGGCCGUCUUACUGGUGCUGGCUGGGGUGGCUGCACAGUUUUCAUCCUUGCUCCAGAUGCUGAUCCAGCUAAGUUCAUUGAGAACGUUAAGAAACAAUUCUACGAGCCACGUGGCGUCAAGGAUCCAAUCAUCUUCGCUACAAAUGCUGGCGAGGGUGCUGCUGCUUUCAAGUUCUAA